GACAUUAAAUACCCUUAGUUACAGAAAAUCACAAGUUAUACAUCACUGACUUUAUACCAGCGAAACGAAAGCAGCAUCAAGAGCAGAAACCGCAGUUUUAUUUCCAGAGAAGUCGAGGAAACAGCUGAAUGAUGAGUGCUGCUCAGAGUCAAACAACGCUGGAGUCCAAACUGGAGGCCCUGCAGUGCCACUUCACCUGGGAUCAGGAGACCAGCGAGUCCAUAUUUUUACGUCUAAAGGACCAACUGGAGGACAUCGGCACCGAGGAGGGAAACAGCUGGCUGGGUCACAUUUACAACCUGCGGGGGUUCAUUCAGUACAAGCUGAGGUUCACCGAAGACGCCCAGAGUUUCUUCAACAAGGCUGCAGAGGCCUUCAGGAAGAUAAGAAACGCAGAUGAGGGUCCCUGGUUGGUGGUGAACUACGGGAACCUGGCGUGGCUGCACCACCACCUGGGAGACCAAGCAGAGAGUCAGGCUUACCUGUCAAAGGUCGACGCCCUGAUGAAUAAAUACCCAUCUCCAUCCCAGGAUGAGCUCCAUCCAGAGAUCUACGCUGAGAAAGCCUGGACCCUGAUGAAGUCCAGCGCAGAACAAAAGAAAGAGGCUGCAGAUUACUUCCAGAGAGCCAUCAGGAUGCAGCCAGACAUGGUGGAGUGGAAAACCAGCUACGUCUUAGGGUUAGUGAAUGCUUUUAAGCACAGCGACACAGGGCUGGAAGCUGAUCUUCUGGAGAAAAUGAGAAUUGCCAAGGAACAGGAUCCAGAGAACUUGUACAUUGCUGUUUACUAUCUCGAGCAUUGUGCAAAGAAAGGAGAGAGAAUCAAAGAUGAAGCACGUGAGUUAGCCACAAAGGUGUUGAGAAAUCCUGUCAGCAGCUACAGUGGUAUGAAGCCAUUAAUAAGGGUUUACAGAAACUAUGUUUCUGUUGAUGAAGCCAUUGAUUUGGCAGAGGAGGCUCUGAAAACCCAUCCAGAUGAGCGUUAUCUGAAGAGAUGCGCUGCACUCUGCUACAAAUGGAAGAUAAUAUUUUUCAGGGACAGUCGCCCAAAACCAAACAUGAUAGACAGAGCAAUCAGUCUCCAUAAAGAGGUGAUUGCUCUUUACCCUCAUUCUUCACUUGUGAAGAAAAUAGACCUUGCAAACAUAUACGGAAAGUCAAAUUAUGGCCAGGCCGAAGCUGAGCAGAUAUACCAGGAAAUGCUCAAAAGUGAUCUGGAACCUGGAGACAAACAGAUGCUUUACAACAACUACGCAAAAUAUUUAAACUUCGAUCGUCAGGAUCGCAAAACGUCAAUACUAUAUCACAUGAAGACAGCAAAGAUACCGCAUCAGUCCUUCUUUCGUGGUAACAGCAUCAAAGUUCUGGAAAGAAUUAAAGACAGAGGCAGGAACCGAAAGUGUAGAGAAAUAGAGGACUUUCUGAAAAACCUGCAAGAGCCACAGUGAUUUUAACAGCACUGGUUCUAAAUCCAGGGAGUAAAGUUUGGCCCCAUUUAAUGUGAAUAAUUAGAGCACAUUUACUUUAUCCCUACAAGUGAAUCCUCCAACAAGUCCUCCAAACCAUACGACCACAUAGGUCAAUUGUUCCUAGCCUCUAAUACGACCCAUAGGAGCAUUUCAUAAUUUGGCAGGCAAUACGACCCAAAGGAGCGUUCUCCAUCCUCAUACCUAAACGUAACAGUUGUGGUUUUAAACACGUUUGACCCAACCACCCACACACCCUAAAAAGACUUUCUCGGUCUUAAUACAAUGUCACCUUACUUCCUGCUUUGCUCCCGUCAUAAUUACUCCACCACAAGAGGGCGCUACCUAACAAUAAAUGUAUGGGUGGUAAUUGCUGCUCUACAUAUGACCUAUGGGGUCGUUUUUUCCCUGGUCUCUAAUCCUUUAGCUGAGAUUCCAUUAAAACAAAUUUAUUUUGCAUUAUAAAUGCUUGCAGAAUCUGGCCUUAAAUUAGUCAGUAUGCUUCAACUAAAGAGCUCAUCAAAUUAUUGAACAUAAAGUUACAAAAGUUGAAGGUUUCCGCUUAAACCUUGCGUAUAAACUGCAUGAACUUAUUGUUCCAUUAGCGACCAAGCAAGCUAGCUUUUUAGCUGUUGCUGUUAACUGAAAUGAUGUACAGUUCCCAGAACGAAAGGUUGGCUAGCGUGUUAGCGGUUAGCUCACUAGCUAGAGUAAUCACUUUAUCACCAAGCUUCUAUGCCCAAAUAUGAAGCAACGAUGUGUAGAUAAUUUAGCUUUAACUUUCUGCCGUGAACACAAAAAAAUGUGCUCCUUGGCACAAAAUCACAUAAAUUGUUAGAGAAAUACCUAAAAGUUGCUUAUUAUCAAUACAAUGUUGGCUUUUAUGUAAUGCUUUUAGAUCUUGUAACCUGUCCCCGUACCUUUUUAACAUUGUUUGGUGAGUGUUAGUUGGAACUGACAGUAUUGACUGGGAAGCUGCAAAUGAAAAUAAUAACGUGUCUGAGUGUUAGAACUUAAGCUAAUAAGUGUGCUACUUGCUAGCUUUCCAGCAUUAAGCGUGAAAGGGCAAUAGUGGCGUUGCACGAUUAGUUCCAUUAGGUCUGCAUAGAAAACAAUGUUUGUAGGAGCCACAUAUUGUUUGUUGUUUAUGGUCUCAUUCAUGUUGUUUGUUGAUUAUUGUGUUGUGCACUUAUAUUGUAGGUGGUGGGCAUUUUGCUUACAGCCGCGACAAUGUUAAUAUGGAGGAUAGUUUUACUCAGAAUUUAAAUUAAAAAAGGGGAAAAGGCACCGACACAACACUCAAAACAUGUUUCAACUCGUUUUUUUUGGUUAUCGCAAAGAUGAGAUGUGUCCUUAAAAGGCAGGUUUUUACACUUUGUGGAAGACAAAGGCUGUUUAAAAAUAAAAUCCUUUACAUUUUCCCCGGAAAACUCUCAGUAGUGGUAAACGUGAUGUGUAUGAAACAUGCUGAGUCAUUUAAUAACACUGGUCCUUUAAAUAACAUUAAUUGUGGACACGUUCAAAUGUCAUCAUAUGAUUAAUUUAAAUAGAUUUUGAUCCGAUGUCGUCUUUCUUAACUUAACCACGGCGUUUAUUACAUUCCUGUUGUGUUGAAUGUUUUCAUUUUCACUUUAAGUUUAUAUAACAACAUUAUACUCUGUGUAUGAAGAUUGCUUUGCUGUAAGAAAAAUAAAAUGGUUGGUAAUGUAAUAGUUCAUUUGAUGUAUAACCUGAAUAUUAUCUCUAUUUGUAGCCUAAAUGAUAAUAUUAAAUUUACAUAAUGU